AUGGAGUGUAGCACUCUCCUCCUGCUGACCCUUUUGGGAUCCCUGUUUGUGGAGCCAGGGCUUGGACAGAGAGGAGACGUGGACAUCAAUCAGUGGAUGCAAGAUAAAGAGAAGUUGAUCAAGAAUUUGGAGGACCAGCUGAAAAAUCUACAGCAAUGCAAAGAUGAAGUUAAAGACUUAGGCACCCGUCUCAGCACAGCUGUCGACGAGCUGGAGAGGCAGAAAGCCGAAACGGAGAAGCUGAAGCAGCAAAAUGAAGUCCUGAAAACCAGGCUGGACGCCACAGAGACGGAAAUCGGCAAGCUGAAACAGAAUGGAGGUCAAACUGCUCCUCAGAUCGCAUUCUCUGCCUCUUUGGUAAAUUUGGGUGAGAUUUACAGCGGACCCUGCACAGACAAGACCCUGAUUUUCAAAAGGGUCUUCUCAAAUGCUGGCAACGCUUACAACAUGAAUACAGGGAUCUUCACAGCACCAGUCAACGGACUCUACCAUUUUACCUUCAGCACCUAUGGCUACAACACCCACGCAAUGGGCGCCAUCUUAAUGAAGAAUAAUGCCCGUCAAGUUUCAGCCUAUGACAGCCCUUCAUCAGACGGUUCUGACAGCAGCAGCAACGCCGCCGUCCUGCAGCUGGCUGCUGGCGAUAAGGUGUACCUGGAACUGUGGGACAACGGCAGGGUGUUUGAUAACCUGAAUGGACACACAACCUUCAGUGGUUUUCUCCUCUUCCCUGUGUAG